GCGUAACCUUGUCCAAACGGUCAUUGACACAAUUACACAGAGCGGCCUAUUGAUUGGUGGUAUGUCGAUUUUAACAUAUAUGUAGAAAGCGGACGUUAACCAUAAUCAGAAUAGCCAUUGAUCAGGCAAAAGAAAAUAUAUUAUUAAAUACGAAUUGAAGGAAUUUAUUGAUUUGUGAGAAUGACAUAGAUAUAUAUUGAUAAAAGACUCAAUUAAUUUAGAUUUAUAAAUAACAAAUAUACUGUACAAGGAAAGAUGUUCAGUUUUCAUAAACCUAAGAUUUACCGGAGCAAUAACGGCUGUUGUAUAUGCCGUGCAAAAUCAUCAAGUUCUCGCUUUACUGACAGCAAGCGUUAUGAAUGUGACUUUGAAAAUUGCUUUAGAAUUAAGGAAAGACGUGCUGGUGAAAUAUGUAAUGCAUGUGUACUUUUGGUGAAAAGAUGGAAAAAGCUGCCCUCAGGAACUAAUAGACAUUGGCAUCAUGUUGUAGAUGCAAGAGCUGGACCAGGAAUAAAAUCAACGACCAAAUUAAAAAGCAAACAACAGCUGAGUCCGACUAUGGGGAAAUACAAGUCUCCACUUAAAACUAGGAAGUCUCUUUACAACACACCUUCAUCAAGUCCUACAUCCUUCUUUGAUGAAUCUUCAAUAAAUGAAGAUAGUUGUGAUAAGGAUAUGUUCAGCGACAGUGAAGAAUCUGAGGAAGAAAUUGCAGUUCCAACUCUACAGAAACCAAAUAAACAGAAGAGAAAGUCCACAGAUCCCAGAAUUAGUCCCUUCUUAGAUCUCACCUACUGGAAAAAAACUCAAGUUUGUUGUGGAAUCAUAUUCAAAGGUAUGAACGGGGAAGUAUUAGUUGAUCCUCAGUUAUUACAGCCGUGUUGGACCUGUACAAAGGGAAGUAAGUCACGACCAGCAGAAUUACGUAGAAGUCAAUCAACUGACGAUACUGAGAGCACAACAAGUAGCAAUAGUUACUCCGACAUGGACAGUAUAUCAGAAAAUAGUCCACCAGACCUGACUCUGGCAACAUUUCCGUGUGACGACACGUCAGCAGUUAGUUCCUUCACACAGCCACCACCCCUGGCAUUAGAAUGUUAAAGUUUGAGUGUACUUUUGAAUGAUUCUUGCCAGUAUAAAUGAGUGCUGUGUUAAUUCAGUCUAGUCAGUAGAGAAUUCUCCAUUGUAAGGAUUUUCUGGAACUUAAGAAAGGAGGUUAAAUGAAAUGAGAUGGAUUUACUUCUAGGAAAGCUUGUGUAUGAUGAAGUUGUUUUCUUUGAGGAACAGGUAGUACAUACUGUGCUUUAUUUGUUUGGGUUUUUUUUUAAUUCAAACUUCAGGAAAAUUUCUGCAUUUCUUUGAUAAAUAGGAAAUGGUCAAUAAUUAUAAACUUGUAUCAUAGUUCAGAGUUUAGAACACUGUGGAUGGGUUUAUAAGGAGACAACAUCUAUGCAAAACGUAUUGGUUAAUACUUUCCUAAAGAUGUAUUACUUUACUCUUGUAUACCUAUUUAAGAAAUUGUAUAAAUGUAAUUGGCCAGUGUUUUGUACAGAAUUUUAUUUACAGUAAUGUUUAUUCAUCUGUAUCCCAUUUUUUUAAUCAUGUUAAUAUAUAUGCUUAUUUUGGGGUUUUUUUUUAUACCAAUUCUACUUUGAAAAAUUAAGUAGAUGUUCAAACCUCUUAUUUCAAUGUAAAUGUUUUUUUUUUUAGGGAAAGAUCCUUCUAAAAUAUUCAAAACUGCCAAGAAAAAAUAGUUGUAGUUUUAACCUCGAUCAGCAUGAUCAGUCUCUUUUUCACUCCAAGGGUUUAUUUUUUUAAAGAACAAAAUUGUUAGGUUGAUGGUCAGUUUUAUGUUCUACCUCAGUUUGUGCAAUAGUUUAAUGUAUCUGUGGUAACAAUAGUUUAAAGUAUCCAUGGUAACAGUGGUAUUACAUCAAUUGCCUGGAUUACUUAUGCUUUGAAUGGUGUGUGAGUAGAAAUAGCUCAUUUGUAUAAUACUUAUUUCAAAAGUUUCAAUUUUGCAGCAUUUGCUUGCCUUUUAAAGGGAAGUUUUUGUAUGACUUUUGCAAUAAAUCUUCAUGUACCAAGUACAAAAUGCAUUAUGGAAUAUUUGCGGGGUAAGGUUUGAAAUUUGUUGAGAUAGAAUAAAUGAAUUUUAAAUUUUAAAUGAUAGGAUUAAACAGUAUGUGUUAAAAUGGUCUUAAAAUCAUCCCAUCCAUCAAUUUAAAAAUUCUCAUAAGUUUUUACUGCCGUGGGAGAUUUUUUUUUACUUAUAUAUCAGCGUGAUGAGUAAGUGUAUAAUAAUUGACCUUGAUAAAAGGUGGUUUUACAUAGUGAGAUACUUAAUAUUUCAUGAAUACUCAGGACUUCACACAAAUGUUCAAAACAAUUCAAAGUCAUUUUGCAGCUUGGUCAUGUUAUUGUUGAUGAGUGUAAUUUAUUGUAUGAUCGUGAGGGCGAGAGCAGGAGAGCAAUCAAGUUCUGUUUAAUGAGUAUAUAUGGAUGUUAGAAUAAUGGAUUGACAUGCACCAUAGAAUACAUUUGUAGAAUAGAUGUAGGGAAAAUAGAUGGUACUAAAAUUGCAUCUGAUAACAUGAUAAGAAGUGGAAGCUCACUUUUGCCUUUAGUCUGGACAGAGAGAAAAAUAGUCUGAAUUAUGUUAUCAGAUGUUAAAGAGAAGUCUGUCACAAAAAGCUGAUGGUAGUUGUAUCUGUAUGGAUCCAAGUUGAUUCAAAUAGGAUUGAAAAUUGAUUUUUUAGUUCAAAUACAGGAGAUACAAUUGUUUAAUCUAUUACUCAGGGAAUUUCAAUUAUUGGAAAAUAAGAAACAUGGACAAAAAUGAAAGUUUAACAAGACUAGACAUCUAAACAUUUUCAUGUGAUAAAUCUAAGAAUUACAUUUCCGAUAGAGGGAAAGCAUUCCUUAAAUGGGCAAGUGAUUUUUGUCUGGGUACAUAAAACAAGUAAUCGAUGGGUUAUUCAGAUCAACGAAAAAACAAGCCAUCCUAAUUCCUUAUAUUGUGAUAAAUUUCUCUCACUGUGUUCCAAUAACAGUCUUCCAGUGGUACAUGAAAUGGUGCAUACAUGUUGAAUUGUAUAAAAGCAGUGUUUUUAUUUAAUUCAUUGUAUUAUUGUAGAAUUUUGUAUGACAUUGUCAGAAAUGUUACUUAAAAUAUAUUAUGUGAGUAAAUGAGUCUAGAAUUGACACAGUUUGUGUUACAUUAGAUGUGGUUUGCUGAAAACUAUAGAGCAUUCUGGUCAGUAGGUCAAUGUUAAUUCACAUCUUUACAUUUUGACUGACAAAUGCCUUAAGAACAAAAGAACAUUGGUAAAAUAUAUAAGUCUUGCUGACAAAAUAUUAAAUACACAUCUACCUAUAUAAUGUUAGAGUGUGGGGAAUCAAAGAUACCAGUAAAACCUACUUUAAUAUUUAAUAAAAGAUCAGAUAUGAACUGUUUAUUCACACGAAUCAUUGUCUUUUAAAACCAUUUUAACUUGUAAAUAGUCAUUUAUUUAUUAAACUAUUAUGUUAGAUCUGUUAAUUAAUUUAAAAUAUGUUAUUGUUGCUAAGAAUUUUAAAUCUUUAUUUAAUUUUUUUACUUGAUAUAUUUGCAGUUGUAAGAUGUAUGUUAGAUUAGACAGUAGUAAAGCUACUCUGUUUUAUGUCAAUGCAAUAUAGAUAUUUUUGUUCCACAGGUUUUAAUCUUGUCAGAUUUCUAUCCAAUUGUUGUUCAUUCCUUAGACAUUUCAGUAGGUAUUUCUGUGUCUAUAUUCAAAGCAUCUAUACCAUGGUAGGAGACCAUUUGAUCUCUUGAUACCAUCAGGCCAAAAGAAGUACCAUGACAUUGAACAUAAGGCUUUUUCUCCUUAGGAACUGAAAAUACAUGAGUUAAAAUUUGUUUAUAUAAAUUAAGUUAGUCAUGUCUUUUUCUGUAUAAGUUAAUCAUUAGUAACCCAGAAAAACAAAACCAGUACAUUAAAAAAACAGGAAAUGGAACUAGGUUAAGGGUCAUUGAAAUGGUUUUAGAUUUUUUUCUUCCAAGCUCUGGACUUGUAGUCCAGAUUAAAACAAUGCUUUUUAUAUCCAUGCUUUUCAUUUCUAUGUUGAGAACUUGUCUAGGCUUUAGUCUGAAGGUACAUAACCCCAUGAUUUUAAAGAGUCCCUAAGCUAAACAUUGCUAAACUACAUCUAAAAUUUACUAAAUAUCUAUAAAAAAAACAAUUUGGAAAAGCCGAAAACACCAGCAGAAAAUAUAAACAUACUAAGGCUUGGUCCUAGAAGAUGAUCUUUUAAACUUUUUAAGAUGAGACUCAAUUCCAAAUGUAUUGAACUUCUGAAAGUGUAAAUCACAAAAAGUUCAUGAAAGGUUGAAUAUUCAAUAGCCUUGAAUGUCAUUUAUUAAAAGCAAUAAAAUUUAUUUCAAUUUUUUUACUCUGAUAAUCCUUAUAAAUAUAUAUAUAUGUACCUAAAAGUUCAGUGGCCUGUAACAGUUGUUGACAUUAAAUGUAAAUUCUCUGUGUGUAUAUAUAUAUAUAUAUAUCUCCAAUCCCAGUAUGUUCACCGGUGAAUGGGAAAUUAUCCACCAAAUUGUUUUUCUUUUUUCUUCUUCGUAUAAAUGAUCAAAGUGGAAUGGUCAGACCGGUGUACUGUUGAGAUAGUUAAUAUAUUUAUUAAAUUAUUAAUGUUACCAAAUAUUUAAUGCUGUAAUUAUAGAGAUCUCAGUGUGUUGAUGUUACUACUGUAGAUAGAGUCCUAUAUUGUUAGUACUUUUUUUUACCUCCGUGUUGAUUGUAAAUAUUAUACGCACAAUGUAGCAGACUGGUUUCGAAAAAUGUUUCCCUAGCAACCAAGCAAUCUAUGAUUGAUAUUUUGAAAUGAACUUUACAGAUUGAGGUUUAUAUUUAUAUUUUUCUUGAACUAAAAAAAAACAAAACUGAAAUAUCAAUUUUGAGACAUUGGGUUUGUGAGAAACAUGUAAAUCCUUGCUUGAUUAAUUUUCUGAUAGACCUAGCGAACAAAAGGUAUAUGGACAUGUUGGACAUGGCGGAAACAGUUCUUUGGUAGACUCCAGUCUGAUUUUAGAGUCCAUAGCUAAUUUUAAAAACUGUUGAUAAUCAGUUGAUGUAAUUGUAUUUACAAAGGAUAUUAACAAGAAAUUUAAAUUACAUAAAUCUAUAUAUUUCCUCCUUAUUUGUAAAUCUAUGUGAACAAAGGUCAGAAUUGAAUAAUGUGCUCACAAAAUGUUGUAAUGUCAUGGUUCAGUUAUAGAGAAUACUAGAUAAUUACUUUAUAAAUUAUUCUAAGCAACAAUUCAGUUAUUAAGUUCAUUGUUUGACAACAAAAGAAAUUUACAACUUACAAAGGUUAUUCGUUUCAUUUGUAGAAAUGCUCCAAGGUGUUUAUUGUUAUAUUAAAUGGCAAAGACCCUUUAGUUCAUUAUCCCUGAAAAAAUAACAGGGAAAUUUUCCAAUGGAAGAGUUAAAUGAGUACACUGACCAAAAAAAUAUCAUUUUGGAGGUGAAAAAAACCUUUUUUCAUGAAUUUCCUGAAACUGGAUCAAUUGCCUGUUUAUGGAAUUGUACUGUAAAACUUGCUAAAAUUAGCCUAAAAAUUUUAUAAAAUAGUCUGCUACACUGUGUGUUUUGUUGGUGUAAGGAUACAAGGUGGUGUUGUACAUAGUCUGUUGUUACUAUAUAUAGAUUGUUGUUACUAUAUAUAGAUAUACCUCAACUGGAUGAUGUUUCCCUGUGAUCACAUCAACAGGCCAUACAAACUUUAUUUUUGGUUUUCGGUCUUACUAAAAAAAGUUGUUUUAAUUGCUAUCAAGAUUUCCAUUCUGGUAAAGAAAAUUAAAAAAAAACCCAGCCAAGCAUUAAAUUUAUGUAGGUACAUAUUGAUUUGUCUUGGGCCAUCAUACUCUUAUGAACACAAAAUUUUAUAACCUUUAUAGACCAUGAAGUUUAUCCUUGUUAUUUUGGUUAGGAGCAAGGACCAGUGAUAGUUCAUAAAAAUAAUAUCAGAAAUUCUUUUGAAAGAGUUUUUUUUUUACAGUUUCUUAAAGAUCAUUUAAGUGAUAGAGGGUCAAACUUAGGGUGUCAAAAGGAAAACAUAGGCAAAAUUUCCCUCCCUUCAAACUAAUUCCUUAAAAUUAUAGUGGUCAUUUAAGGUUAGCAUGGUAUUCCUAUGUGUGGUCUGUUGGUGAAACUUGUUUUACGGUUAAUCCUCUCUUGAUUCUGUUAACAAACAAAGUUGACUCCACAUAUUUUUGUUAAUGUUAUUAAUAGAAGAAUUGUCACAAAUUUAGACGGGUAUUAUUUUUAAAACAUAUUGAUAGUAAACAAGUAACAGAAAAAAAGACAAGUACAUAAUUUCAUUUUAUGAAUACAUAGAAUAUAUACCUAUAGUUGUGGACUCGAGUUAAUAGGAAAAAUGUUUGAUGAUAUUUUUUCACUGCAUGUAGAUCUGAUGUAUGUACUUUCUUAUCUUUGCUUUGAUAUUGUAUUUUAGGUUUUGUCAGUGUAAGAAUUGUAUUAGUGUACACUGUCCUAACUAAGACAAACUUGUCUCACAGUACCAGAUCUUCUUUGGUAAGGUACCAGUUUUAUGUCAUUGUUAAACAAGGAAGUAUAAUUAUUUGAAUCUCUAUGAUAAAAAUGUAUGUUGAUAUACAGAUAAGAACUGGAACCAACACUGCUGUGAAAAUGUUGAGUAAAUCAACUGUAGAAAUUUUGUUUCCUGUUCAAAAUGGGAAUGAAUUAUUUGUGAUUUAUUUGUGUUAAGUUGUCAGAUUGUCAACAAAAAUAACAUUUUAUAUCAAUGUUUUUAUUUAAGAAUUCUCAUCAAUAGAAUGAUUUUUUUUGAAUCUCUGAUAGUUAUUCCAUCCAUUGGUUGGCCAGUAUAUCUUCAUUAUGGUAAAUACUCCAUCAUUCAGUCAUUCAUAACAAUAACACAUUGUAUAAAAUCGAUACUUAAAUGUCGUCAAAAAUGAAUUAGAUUUAUUAUUUUCAGCAUGGGGCAAUUUAACAUAAUUCUACUGUCUGUAUGUUCAGGUCUAUUGACACAGUGACUUGCUAGAAGAACAGAUUAUAUUUGGUAAUUAAGCCUUAAUUAAAUGUCAUCAUAAACUAUUGUACUGGCUCAUAGAGUCAAAUUUUUAUUUUCUGGGUUUUAAUUGAACUAGAUGGCCAGUGGCCUAGUUAUAAGGCCAGUUUUAGUUCAGUUACUGAUGUUAAAAGCUUUGAAAAGAAAAUGUUCCAUUUGUUUAAUCUUUAAAAGUCUAAGUAAUGGGAACAUUGGAGAUGCAUGUUUAAAUUGAUCUCUUUAUUACUACUCAAAGAAAGGCUCAGUGAAAAAAUUCACUUGAAAAUUUGAAGAGAGUUUUACUAAAAUAUCUUUGUCUGCUCAUUUCACACUUUUAAAAAACUCAAAAUAUAUAUUAUAACCAUGAUAUCCAAUCAUUGAUUCGGAUGAAAAUUUGAGAAAACUGCCAAAGUUCACAUGACUACAUAUAUUAUACAUUUAUUAUUUAUCAUUCCAAAAUACAGAAACUGCCAAAAUUGCAUCUAAUUUCCUCCUUCAUGGAUCAUUUACUGUGUAACAGUUAAGUACAAUCAGAAUUGAGUCUGCAGCUGGCUAAGCCAUCAUCACCCCCAAUGUCCUCUUAGGACAUUCACCUUAUUGAUCAGGCACACACAGUGUUGAUCUCCAGAUCUAAUUAAGGAAUGAAAGAGAUAGAAAUGAGAUUUUUUUCCAGUGUGAGCAAAAGGUUACUGCAUGCUUAAUCAUUAAGAAUUAAUAAUCAUAUUGACAUGUUUUCAUUUGGUUUAGAACAGUAUAAUUAACAUGUACAAAAAAACAAUGCAAAGUUAUGAAUGAUUGGUCGAAAUUAAUCACAUGAUUAUAUAUGUGUUAAUUAGUAAAUAGUGUGUAUUCAUUAUUUUUUGUGGAUGAUGUAUGAAGAAGGAAAAUGAAAAAUAAGUGUGCAACCAUGUACAAUUUUCUUUUUGUUAUGGUGACAGAUAAAAUCGUGUAAUUUAGUUACCUCAAAAUAGCAAUUUUUCUUAAAUCAAAAAUAUUGCCGCAGGGGUAAAUUUCAGGAUUUUUGUGAAAGGAGAUGUCAUAUAAGACAAAGAGUACAAAAACCAUUUUUUAAUCACAAAUUAAAGAUAUAUCUUGUGAUUAUCAUGUUUUCUCAAUUCAAGAUCUGUAUUGCUGCUUGUCCCACUGGUAUCCAUGUCUGACUGGUACCCACGAAAAAUAAUGAGUUCACAGUAUAAUGUAUAACUUUUAUUUUGAAGAAUCUGAGGUGAAUGUCUUGCUGAAAAGGUUUAUGCAAUAUAUUAUUUACUUACAUUUAAACCAAAAUGGAUGGAUUUUUAUUAUUUUCAAGAGAAAUUGAACAUUUUUACAUCAUACUUUCAUUUUCAUUUUAAAAACCAUUGUGUACAUGAACAAAGUGAAAGUAGAGUUUGAAACAUUCCUGUAGAUUUUUAAAUGUCAAAUUUCAAACUUUCAUUUUACAGACUCGUCCAGUUUUCUACGUUUAAAUAAAUACAGAGAAAUGAUGAA